UUUUCUUCAACUUGAGGUGGAAUGGAACGUUUAACACAAACCAUUUAAACUCGAAGUUUCUAUGAGUCAUAGUUUUACUUCACUGAAGGCAAUGCUCAUUUGAUCAUAGAAAAACAUAUGGCAGAAAAGUUGGACGCCUCUGUCUUUUUCCUCGUAUGACUUUUUUCACUUUUUCACGCGCACUUCCGCGUACAAUGUUUUUCCCCCGCUGACACAGAGCAAGUUUCGAGCAGGAAACCCACCGUGCGCUCUACCUGUCCUUUUAUUUCUAUUCACGGCGGGGUGUGUUUGGGGCUCACAGCUCUAACCCAGCCAUGAGCAUCAUCGGGGCUGAGGAUGAGGACUUUGAGAACGAUCUCAAUGAUGUGGGGGACGAUCAGUGUAAAUAUUUCAGUUCUAUAGACCAGCUAAAGGACCACCCAGCACACCUGCUUGCCUUCAUCCAACAUGUCAUCCUCCAGUUCGACCCUGCGCCUUUGCUGUGUUACCUCCAUGGGGAGCUCCUUAAAAACCUCAGUGCCAAAGAAACCAAGAAACAGUUUGUGGAGUUUAACAACAACUUCUUGGACAAGGGUGCAAUUCUCCGAGUUACUGUACCAUCUAAUAUAUCAAAUGAAUUAGACCGGACUCGACCAGAGUUGCUUCCAGAAGAGACUCAAAGGCGUUAUGUUCACGAGGUCCAGAGCCUGCAGUGUGGAGAAGUGGCCAAACAGCUGGAAGAUUUCAGGACAAAGCGGAUGAUGGGAAUGACGCCAUGUGAAGCAGAGCUCAAUGAUGUGGAGAGCCACUAUCCCACAGACCGCAUCCCCAUGGAGAUGAAGGAGAAGUCUGUAGCAGAGAAUCUGCUGGACAGGAUGGCGGAAUCACAGCCCACUAUUGUCUCAGAUGAAGAGAAAUGCCAGUCCAUCUUCGCAGCAGUGGCCUUCUACAUGAAGCACCUGGGCGUUAAGACCAGGGCAGUCGACAGCAAGAAAUCAAGGGGAGGUUUCUUCAGGAUACCACUGGGAAAGAAUAAAAGGGAUGACAUACCGAAGAUUAAAACCAGACCAUUUCCAAGCAUUCCGAGUUGGAUGGGUGGAAAUAACAGUGCUGAAACCGUCAAGCCUAAACCAGAUGAAGCGCCUUCAGAACGCAAAGGUCCACCCUCCAUCAGAGGCUCUGUAACUGAGCCAGCCAUCGGGAGCAGAAAGUCUGUCACUGGGGGAGUCCCUUUGGUGCAAGGGCCUGUGCUGGAGAUCACUGAUGGUUCAGGGAACAACAACAGCACAGCCAACAGCCCUGAGGCCUCAGUUAGUGAUGGCCAUUUGAUGAAUCGUCUUGAGACCCCGACAGUUUCAGAUGGGGGUGACCUUUCACCUGUGGGACUAGGAGGAGGCUUGAGCAUAGUGGAGCCUCUGUCCUCUAGUGACACUCCCACAGAGGAAAGCGUGAAUGAAAAAGACAGCUCCGAUGGACUAGUUCUAGUGGCUGAUGGGCAAGGGGCUUCUCCCACUAGCCCCUCUCCACAGCUGGAGGAGGUAGAACCACGCCUCCUGGAGUUUGAGCAGGACCCGCCUAACUGGAGGGAACUGGCCUCCUCUGAUGCACUGUCCUGCCUGAGUAAGAAGGAUAUCAAGAGGCAGGAGGUCAUCAAUGAAUUAUUUGCCACUGAGCAUGCUCAUGUGCGCAUGUUGAGUGUCCUUCAGAUGAUCUUCUCUAAACCUCUGGAAAGAGAGAACCUACUGACAGCUGAUGAACUUGCUGCCAUCUUUCCCAGCCUGGAUGAGAUUAUUGAAAUGCACUAUCACUUUUAUGAGAAUCUGAAGAAACUGCGUCUGGAUAAUGGCUUCAUAGUCAAAUCCAUCAGCACCACAGUGCUCAAUCGGUUUGGGGGCACAGAGGGGGAGUGGUUUCAGAAGCUCACAUCCCGGUUUUGCAGUCACCAGUCAUGGGCUCUGGAACAGAUCAAGAGCAGGCAGAAGAGAGAGCCACGAUUCAAUGCGUUUAUACAGGAGGCAGAGAGCAAACCUCAGUGUCGCAGACUUCAACUGAAAGACAUCAUUCCCAUAGAGAUGCAGAGGCUCACCAAGUAUCCACUGCUGCUUGAGAAUAUUGCCAAAAACACAGAGGACGCCACAGAGAAGGAGAGGAUUCAACAGAGCGCAGAAUGCUGUAGAAAGAUCCUCAACCAUGUCAAUGAGGAGGUCAAAAUGAUGGAGAACCUAUUGACUUUGAAGGAAUACCAGAGAAAACUGGACACAUCAGGACUCAAGCCCAGUAAUGAGCUCUACACGGAGUAUAAGAACAUUGAUCUGACUCAGAAAAAGAUGCUGUUUGAAGGACCUCUGACCUGGAGAGUGACAAAAGAAAAGGCUAUUGAGGUGCAGUGCGUGCUGCUCGGGGACAUGCUAGUGCUGCUGCAGAAGUUGGACGAUAAGAUGGUGCUGAAAUGCCAGAGUAAGAGCAACAUUGCUGUACAAGAAGGCAAGAUGAUGCUGAGCCCUAUUAUUAAACUAGACUCAGUUUUCUUACGUGAGGUGGCCACAGAUCGAAAAGCCUUCUAUGUAAUCUUUACAUGGGAUAGUGGAGCACAAAUCUAUGAGCUAGUCGCUCAGUCUGUUGGUGAAAGAAAAACGUGGACUGAAGUGAUCAAGACAGCAGUAGAUGACCUAAAGAAGAGUGGUGCACCAAUGAAGCUGACACUGCCUUCAGUUGGCGUCCCCUACAGCCCUGUCAUGCUAAAUGCUCCCUUGAGCCCGACAGAGAAUGGCAGUCUAAAAAGUGGCAGUGAGCGAGAUAAGGACAGUUUGACGGAUGAGAAGUCCUCAGACCCCAGGCACUCGCUGAUUGAUUUCCUGUCAGACAAAGGCUUUGACUUGAUAGGCCACUCCAACAGCGAUCAAGAAAAGGUGGCCAAUAGUGCUCUGGAUGAAGUUAUGUCCCUCAAAAGGCUAUUGGUCGGCAGCAUUAGUUUCUCAGAAGAUUCACCACUAGAUGAAAAACUUGAAGAGGAACUAUCGGAGAAGUCAAGUGAAGCAAAUGAAAGUAGUCAGUCAUCAGAAGAAACUCCAAGUACAAACACUGGAGUAGAGGAAGAAAACAAUCACCCCGUUGUGAAGGAUGUAGCCGGGCUGAAGACAGACGAUGAGAGCAUCAGUGCGCCCAUGGUGCUGUCCCAGGAGAGAAUGGAGGAAGUGUGUAGGAGGCUGCACAGUCUGGAGAAACAUCUGAAAAAACUCCAGACUGUUGAAGAGGAGCACCAUCGGCUGCAGGAGGCCCUCUCCAAGUUCUCGCUGGAGGGGGGAAACUUCCAUUAAGUUGCCAUCAUGCCACCUGCUGGCCACUAGUUGUUCUGAUGCUGGGUUGAAGUGCAAGAGUGGACAGGCCUUAUGUGAUCCCUAACAAGCUUACCUUGGCCCCUCGGCAGUGUGUGAAAAUUCUUUCUGCCUGUAGGGGGGGCUGGUGGCUCUGUUCGAAGUGCAGUGGUCCAGUGACAGAACAUGGGAGACGUGUGUGCGCUUGUACAUGUGUGUCUUGUUGGAGUGAGUGUUGGAGAGCCAUGAAGAGAAACAUCCUACUUUUCAGUGGGGUAUUGCUUUUACUGAGAAGUGCCAAGAAAAACGAGCAAUAUUUGCUGUCUGAGGCUGCCAAUGUUCGAGGAGUAGCAGGGGAUUUCUGUAACACACAGAUGCACACAGAGACAUGCUUCCAAUCAUUACUGCCAGAAGCCCAAUUAGAGAGAAACUUUGUGUUUGCAGCGCCUGGUUGGAGCCUUAAGGUGCUAAUCUAUUGAAGAUGUUUUU